AUGUCUGCUCUGCCGCCUUCUCUUCUGCCCACAAAACCCACCAAAAACCACAAUCAAUUCCAGUCAUUCUCUCUCAAAUCAUGCCUUUCCCUUUUAGAAAUCUGCAAGUAUACCACCGAGUUUGCUCAACUCCAUGCCCAACUCACUAAACUUGGCUUCAUUAAAAACCCACUGGCCCUCACUAGACUCUUGUGCUAUUCAUCAAUCUCUCAAUAUGCAGACAUCAACUAUGCUCAGUCAAUCUUCAAUUUUGAUAAAAGCCCAAAUACAUUUGCUUAUAAUGUAAUGAUUAGAGGCUACGUGCAGAGGGAGAAACCCGAAAAUGCGCUUUCUUUAUUUUAUAGCAUGCUUUGUAACGCCAAUUCUGGGCCAAAUAAGCUAACUUUCCCUUUUGUUUUGAAAGCAUGCUCUCAGGUUAGAGCAAUUGAAGAGGGUAAACAAGUUCAUGGGCUGGUUUUUAAACAUGGGUUGAGUGAAGAUCUUUUUGUGCAAAAUAGUUUGAUUAGCAUGUACUCAUCUUGUGGGUUAAUUGGCUUUGCUUGUCAAGUUUUUAAUAAAAUAGAUGACCCGGAUGUGGUUUCGUGGAAUUCGAUGAUCAGGGGGUUGGUUGAUUUGGGUUUCGUCGAGGAGGGGAAGCAAAUGUUCGAUAGAAUGUCAAAGAGGAGUUUAGUUACAUGGAAUUGUUUGAUUGAUGGGUAUGUUAAGGCUGGAUUGUUGAUGGAGGCUAGAGAGUUGUUUGAUCAAAUGGUGGGAAAGAAUUCGGUUUCUUGGAAUACCAUGAUUGGUGGGUAUGUGAGUUUGGGUCUAAUGGAGGAUGCGAAAGGAUUUUUUGACAAGAUGCCGUGGGAAAUGAAGGAUGUAAUCACUUUUAAUUUGAUGAUUGAUGGGUAUACAAGAGAGGGUAGAUAUAAAGAGAUAUCGGAGAUAUUUAAAGAGAUGCGUGUGGCUAAAAUAGAACCCUCGAGGUUUACCAUGGUAAGUGUGCUUACGGCUUGUUCUUAUUUGGGGGCUUUGGAGCAAGGUGAAUGGAUUCAAGCUCACAUAGAGAAAAAUGGGAUUGAUGUGGAUUCUGUUCUGGGUACCGCUUUGGUUGAGAUGUUUGCGAAGUGUGGAAACAUUGAGAGGGCUCUUUCAGUGUUCAAAAGUAUGGAGGAGAGAGAUGUGGGGGCAUGGAACUCAAUGAUUCAUAAACUAGCUGCCCAUGGUCAUGGCCAAGAGGCUUUCGCAAUUUUUUCAGACAUGUUGAGGUCAAAUACUCUACCGGAUGGCGUAACUUUUCUCGGCUUAUUAAGUGUAUGCCGCCAUUUGGGCCUUGUUGAUGAAGGAAAAAGAUUUUUUCAACUCAUGAGUGAAGAACAUGGCCUAGUGCCAAAGGUUGAGCAUUAUGGUUCUAUGGUGGAUCUUCUCUGCCGUGCAGAUCUUUUAGAGGAAGCGCGGGACUUGAUAGACUCUUCACAGGCGUCACAGAUGAAAUCCAGCGUUCCCAUGUGGGGUGCUCUUCUUGGAGCUUCAUGUCGGCUAAAAAAUGUAGUGAUGGGUGAAUAUGCUGCCAAACAUCUUUUGCAAUUAGACCCUUUUGAUGGCAGCUGUUACACAGUUUUAUCCAACUUGUACUCAGCUGCAGGCUUGUAUGAGAAAGCCAUUGAAGUAAGGAAUGAGAUGAAGAAACAAGGACUGGAGAAGAUCCCAGGCAGUAGUUCAAUGGAAAUAGAUGGUUUAGUUCGUGAUUUUUGGGUGGGUUCUUGUUCUCUUGAAUAG